AUGGCUUCGCUUGCUGCUCAAAUCAGCUUGUUCAAUGCUCCGGAUCCCAACCUUGGUGCACCACUUACACUCGCUGCACGCUGUCACGGCACAGCCUCAGCCUCCACAACCUGCUCGACCUCAAUUCACACACGCAUGCAAUUCAACUUGCAGGGACCGAGCGACGACCAAAGCGUGGUGAUGAAGACUACAUCAAACGGCCCGAGAACACAUCCUUCUUCUUCCGUUGCGGAUGCUGUUGGGAAAAGAACAAGGCAGAGGCAGCUCAUCAUACACUACAAGUACUCGAAUUUGACUCGCUCUCCGCCGAUAGUUCACUGUAUGGCUGCCCGUUCGGAUAUCCGCACACGACGUGCAGUAGCGUGCGCGAAGUGGAGAUGGCAGACUUUGGUGAUUUUGAGAUGGGUGAUGCGGUGUGCUUGCAAGGACGGGUCAACCACAGAUGCAGUCAUAACCGUUGAGCCUCUCAAUGCCCUCGCUUUCGGGUGGUCCGUCUGGAUCUGGUCAAGGGAUGGGCCUGGCAAUCGACACCCGUAA